AGAUACGCGACCCUCAAAGCGCGGAAAUGGAGGCGCAGUCCUACUGCGCCAAGCUCCUGGGCGAGCUGAACGAGCAGCGCAAGAGGGACUUCUUCUGCGACUGCAGCAUCAUCGUGGAGGGGCGCAUCUUCAAGGCCCACCGCAACAUCCUGUUCGCCAACAGCGGCUACUUCCGCGCCCUGCUGGUGCACUACAUCCAGGACAGCGCGCGGCACAGCACCGCCUCCCUGGACAUCGUCACCUCCGACGCCUUCGCCACCAUCCUGGACUUCCUCUACUCCGGGAAGCUGGACCUGUGCGGGGAGAAUGUGAUCGAGGUGAUGUCGGCGGCCAGCUACCUGCAGAUGAACGACGUGGUGAACUUCUGCAAGGCGUACAUCCGCUCGUCCCUCGACAUCUGCCGCAAGAUGGAGAAGGAGGCGGCGGUGGCGGCGGCCCCGCUGAGCCUCGCCCACGCGGAGGACGGCCUGCCCGGCCCGGCCGACGUGGCCUGGCAGGCUACCCAGUUCCUGGAGGCGCUGCUGCGCAGCGGCGCGGUGCAGGGCCAGGACGACGUGGACCCGCACUUUCCCCGGGGCCUGGACGGGAGGCCGGACGGCUCGGGGGUCGCCGCGGGUGCGGUGAUGGACGUGCAGACCGACUGGUACGGCGAGGACUCAGGUGAUGUGCUGGUGGUCCCCAUCAAGCUGCACAAGUGUCCCUUCUGCCCCUACACCGCCAAGCAGAAAGGCAUCCUGAAACGGCACAUCCGCUCCCACACGGGUGAGCGGCCCUACCCGUGCGAGACCUGCGGCAAGAGGUUCACGCGACAGGAGCACCUGCGGAGCCACGCCCUGAGCGUCCACAGAUCCAACCGCCCGAUCAUCUGCAAGGGCUGCAGGAGAACCUUCACAAGUCACCUGUCUCAGGGGCUGCGGCGCUUUGGGUUAUGUGACAGCUGCACCUGCGUCACGGACACACACGACGAUGACGAUUUGAUGCCCAUCAAUCUUAGUCUGGUGGAGGCUUCAUCGGAGAGCCAAGAAAAGAGUGACACGGACAAUGACUGGCCCAUCUAUGUGGAGUCCGGUGAGGAGAACGACCCUGCUGGAGAGGAUUCCGACGACAGGUCGCAAGUUCAGCCUGACUUACCAGAGCGGGAGACGCUCAUGCAGCGAUGAAUCGGUGGGGAAGAAGCUCCAGAAUUUGCUUGUUCUGUGGUUGAA